GUUUGAACACGAUCAAAAUAGGGUGUUGGUCCACCCCACAAGCCUUCGGCUCACCUUCUUUUCCUCACAUUUAUGCAAAGAAUGAUGCGAUUUAUUGGUAAUAAUAUACCAGAGUAGACACUUAAGAAAUAUCCACUUAUAUCCUUCUAGAUAUUGGUGCAAAUAUGACGGAUCCCAUGUUCAGGGGUUUAUAUCGUGGAAAGCAAUCUCACGCAGACGACCUCCCCUUGGUUUUAAAGCGUGCACGCGAUGCAGGCGUUGAAAAAAUAUUUAUUACAGGCACAAACCUAGAAGACUCUAGGGAAGCGAUUGAGGCCAUCGAAAGUAACAAUGACGCAAAGGGAUUCUUGUACUCAACAGUAGGUUGUCACCCAACUCGUUGUACUGAAUUCGAAGAAUAUAAGGAUGGACCCCAAGCUUAUUACGACGAGUUAUUAAAGCUUGCCACCUCUUCCAAAGUAGUGGUAGCUAUUGGUGAAUGCGGUCUUGAUUACGAUCGUUUACAUUUCUGCCCUAAAGAAACACAACAAAAAUAUUUUCAAAUGCAAUUCGACUUGGCAGAAAAUACGAAACUACCAAUGUUUCUUCAUAAUCGUAACACAGGUGACGACUUCUAUGAGUUGGUAAAAGCUAACCGACACAAAUUCAAGUAUGGUGUUGUCCACUCUUUUACAGGCAGUUUGGAAGAAAUGAAGAAAUUGGUGGAAUUGGACUUACAUAUCGGUGUCAAUGGAUGCUCCCUCAAGACAGAAGAAAAUUUGCAAGUUGUGAAAGAAAUCCCUGAAGAUAAGCUCAUGAUCGAAACGGAUGCACCAUGGUGUGAUAUUCGUCCUACCCACGCAUCGUUUGCUCAUCUUAAAAAUGUCACUGCAGCAGAAAUGGCCUUAUAUUCGCCUCCUAGUAAGAAGAAGGAAAAGUUUGAAAUGGGGUGUAUGGUGAAGAGUAGAAAUGAGCCUUGUACGAUGGGUCUCGUAUUACAUGUGGUGGCUUCAGUUAGAAAUAUAGAUCCUUUAGAGUUAUCACAAACCAUUUGGAAAAACACUUGUCAAGUGUUCCAGCCAGAAGAAUAAAAUAUAUAUGUGAAAAAAAAA